CAUAGCACAACAAUACAAGAAAAUCAGCAUUCUCAUUGUUCCCACAAUUCAUCAGACAUGUCCAAGUCUAAUUCUUCAUUCACUUCUCCUACUCAAACUACCCCUGCAAACAAAAUCUUCACUGUCAAUGAACAAGGAUGGGUGAUCCAGAUUCGAAAAACCCUCGAGGAAGAGUUCGAGGAAGAAGAUAAUUCAGAAAGCCCUGUUUGCAUUUACUCUGUUCCUUCAACUCUGGUUUUCACAUGUCCUGAAGCCUAUACUCCUCAGCAAGUUGCAUUAGGCCCUUACCAUCACUGGCGCCAGGAGCUUUACGAGAUGGAAAGGCACAAAAUCGCGGCGGCUAGGAGAACCAUGAGGCAUGUUAAAUGCUUUAAGGCCUUUCAGGAAAUAGUUGAUCAGUUUCAUAAGCUGGAGCCAAAGAUCAGGGCUUGUUACCAUAAGUACCUCACUGUAAGUACUGAGACUUUGACAUGGAUGAUGGCGAUCGAUGUGCCUUUCUUGCUCGAGUUUCUUGAGGGCUACGCGAUGAAAGAAGGCAUGUUGUUGAGCAGGUCUAAAUCAAGACUGACAUUGAGUGUUCUUGAUGCUGCAGAGAGAAAGUCAUCUCAUAUUGAGAUCAUGAGAGAUAUCUUGAUGCUUGAGAAUCAGGUUCCUCUGUUUCUACUGAGGAAGAUGCUCGAGUUUGAACUGGGAUCGGUGGAUGCAGCUGAUGACACUUUGCUAGCAAUGCUGAAGGGCUUUUCAAUAGAGCUGUAUCCACUGAAAACACCCGAAAACUUACCAAAGAUCCUGAUCCAUGACUCUGUUCAUAUUCUUGAUUUCUUUUACCGCCUGCUGAUGCCUAAAGACUUCGAAAAAUCUCAAGUCACUGAGGAUGAAGAUUUUUAUGGUGGAAAUGAAAAGGAGGAAGAAAUUACAAUUGAUGAAGAAACAAAUAAUCGUGUCAUAAAGUUUUUCAAUUCGAUGUUUGCAACCCUGUCGAAUCUGAAUAUACAUCCGGUACGUUUUCUCAAGGCAAUAUUGAGCUCUAAGCCUCUGAAAUUGCUACUCAAGAUGCCAUGGACAAUCAUCACAAAACUUCCCAUACUCAACAUGCUAAAAGAGCCUAUUGAAAAGAUAUUUAUGAGACACGAAAAAGAAGAUGGGAAGGCUGAAGACGACGUCAGUCGCCCUCCACUGAUUGAGGAGCUCACGAUCCCUUCAGUCACAGUGUUAUCCCAAGCCGGAGUGAUCUUGGUGCCCACGGAUGGAGGAAUUUGUAGCACAAAUUUCGACGUGAAGACACGUACCUUAAGUCUGCCUAGAGUGAACCUAGAUGUCAAUGCAGGUAUUAUCAUGAGAAACAUGGUGGCAUAUGAAUCUUGUCAUGCAUCAGGGCCAUUGAUUUUUUCUCGUUACACGGAACUUAUGAAUGGCAUUGUGGAUACUAAGGAUGAUGUUAAGCUUCUCAGAGAAAAGGGGAUCAUUUUGAACCGUUUGAAGAGUGAUGAGGAAGCAGCAGAUAUGUGGAAUGGGAUGAGCAGGUCAGUGAAAUUGACAAAAGUGCCCUUCUUAGACAAGGUUGUUGAGGAUGUUAACAAGUAUUACAAUGGGAGGUGGAAGGUUAAAGCUGAGAAAUGCAUCAGGAGUUACAUUUAUGGUUCUUGGAGGAUUCUCACAGUGCUGGCCUGUAUAUUGAUCCUUGGUCUAUUGGCUUUACAAACCUUCUGCUCUGUUUAUACUUGUUCUCGUGUGAUUCGCCAGUAUGCCACCCCGGAUUCUACACAGCCUUGAUCUUUAUACUCCUGCAAAUUUGUUUAAUUAACAUGUAUUUAUUGUUUGAUGUUUUUGGUUUAUUGUUUAAUGAACAUGUAUUUAGUGUA